GCGCGCCGCCUUCACCGCACUUUCAUGAUUUAUUUAGGACAUUUCAGUACAAAUUGUCUACGCUGAAGUUUCGCGUCGAUACCUCUGCAGUUUCUUAUAUGUCACUCUUGUAACAGUACAUGCGUUAAUCGGGCUUUAUCACUUCAAAUGAUCACAUCAAAGGAAUUCAAAAUCAAUUAUGUUACAGCGUCGAAAGUCCCGAUACUGCGGCGAAGCACCUUUUUCACUUGUAACGCCGGAAUAUACAAUAACCAGGACAGUGCUUUAUUUCUCGCUCUAGAGCUUCUGACCAGAGUCAGUGAACUGCUCAGUUCUGGUCACUGUAGCUUAAAUGGAAAGAAACGUUGGGUAGGACAAAGCGCUCACGAGGAACAAGAUUAACCCGCCCCCGCCCCACCCUCACCGCUUUCCCACACACACAAAAGCGGAGAGAGCCGUCUCGAACUUGUAUUAGAACUGAAAAGGGCAUCUUUUGAAGAGAAUGCCAACGAGAUGAGUCUUCAUGGAUUCACAAAGAUAAUAAAGUGAAUAAUCUGAACUGGAUAUUACCAGGCGUUAAGACAAGGAAAGGGAGACCAGUGUGCGCUGCUUCAAUUCAUGUGACUUAGCCAAGAGGACCUGGCUAUACUAGGGACUGUUGUAGGAGGGCAGGUUUGGACAGCAGAGGCCGGCCGUAGACGUAAGGACAUGCCUCCGAGUUUUCGCUUCUUCAAGUUGUGAUCGCCCAUUCAUGCGUACGGGCAAGGGUUUACUGCAGGUCAUGCUGAAGCAAGGGAAGCAAUGGAAGUCAAUGUGCAAGGGGCUCGUCCUGGGGACUCUGCUCACCACCUGCAUGAUCCUGUUGUACUCGUACGCGGCACCUCCUCACCAGCUCAGCCUGCAGGAAAUUCCCGUUCCUUAUUCAUGUUCAUAUAGACCUGCACAUGCCAGAAAUGUGCCCCGGAUGAAUGGAUCUCAUUUCACCUCUGAGCUAAGCAAAACCUGCACGCCUAGAGAAGAUAUCAUGUUCAUGAAGACACACAAGACUGCCAGUAGUACAAUUCUCAACAUUCUCUUUCGCUUUGGGCAGAAACAUCGCCUGAAAUUUGCUUUUCCCAAUGGCAGGAAUGAUUUUUAUUACCCAUCAUACUUUGAUAGGAGCCAGGUGAAGGACUACAGGCCAGGCAUGUGUUUCAACAUAGUCUGUAAUCAUAUGAGAUUUAACUACGAAGAGGUUCACAAACUACUCCCUGAAGACACUAUUUAUUUCACCAUUCUCAGGAACCCUGCAUAUUUAUUUGAGUCAUCUUUUCAUUAUUUUGGUCGAGUGAUCCCUUUCACCUGGAAAAUAAGCGGAGAGGACAAACUGGCUGAAUUCCUCAGGGAACCGAACCGAUAUUAUGAUCCAAGUGGUUUUAAUUCCCAUUACUUGAAAAAUUUGCUAUUUUUUGACUUUGGUUAUGAUAAUGACUUAGAUAUCAAUGAUCCCAAAGUAAAGAAGCACAUCAAAACUAUCGAUGAAAGGUUCCAUCUGGUGAUGCUCCUAGAAUAUUUUGAUGAAUCACUUAUUCUUUUGAAGGAUGUAAUGUGCUGGGACCUGGAUGAUAUUUUGUAUUUCAAAUUAAAUGUACGAAAAGAUUCCACUGUAUCAAGAAUGACUGGAGACUUAUAUGAGAAGGCAUCAAACUGGAACAAAAUUGAUUCCAUGUUGUACCAAUACUUCAAUGCUACUUUCUGGAAAAAGGUGGAAAGAUAUGGGUUUGAACGCAUGGAGCGUGAUGUGGAAGAAUUGCGCAGGCGCAAUGAUAACAUGCAGUCAAUCUGCAUUGAUGGUGGGCACCCAGUGGACGCAAAUGCCAUUCAGGAGGCAUCAUUGAAACCAUGGCAACCACUUGGCGAACGCUCAAUCAUGGGCUACAACCUGAAGAAGAACAUUAGCAAAAAGCACAGGAAGCUCUGCAGGAAAAUGCUCACCCCUGAGCUACAAUAUCUGAGUGAAUUAGGAGUUAACCUGUGGAUAACAAAGUUAUGGUCCUAUAUCAGGGAUUUGUUGAAAUGGUAGUUGGCCAGCUUUGAAACGUGAUGGGUUUCACAUGCACAACUCCAUCAUUAUGGCAGCUACAGGGAAUAGCAGAACUUAAUUAUUAUCACAGACUACUAGAUCUUGGGCACUGUGUUGCUACCAUUCGUGAUUGCCACGCAACCAUAGGCAGUCAUUCACAUUUGUAAUAUGGAGCUAUCCUGGGGUAUAGUUCAAUGUUCUGCUUUGUUCUUCAAAUUCGUAUUAGUAAAAUUGUAACUUACUUGGAGGUAUAUGUCCUACAACACUCUGUUCCGUAAAAGAUCUAAUCCCAACUUCCAAUUGCAGUUAUGAUUUUUUUGAAGGAUCACAUAUGAAACAACUGUGAAUUAGAAGUAUGAUCAGAGAAGUCAGAACAGUGACCAAGUGCUGAGGGAUCUCUGACCAAUGCCAUCAUGUGGCCUUGUGAACUAUUCCUGACAGGCAGCAAUUGAUUGCCUACUUGAUGCUUGUCAGAUAACAUAUGACCUACAUUAUGAAUUGCUAUGCAGUAUAUUUAUAAGGAACGCCCCGCACACAUUUAGAAUCCAGAAUGUACUUUUAAAAAAACCCUAGUCUUAAAUUACUUGAAGAAAAUCAUGUCUCAUUUUCAAUACGCUAUUACAAACACAACUAUGUUUUCGAACAUUUUUAAUUGUUUCUGUGCGUGAUUGUACCAGUAGCAACUCUGUCACUCAGGAGUAGGAAUCCUGUGCAAUAUUACAACAGUCACAUCAUUUUUAGUCGCUAUGAAGUUCUCACAGUUUGGUUGAACAAAAUGCAAGCUGAUGAAUGUAUAGUCCUCGAAAUAAAAUGUAUUACAAUAUAUAUCCCAUUCAGUUGUAAAACUCCACAUAAUAUUACUGUAUGCUGAAUGUUAUUUUUAGACAAUUUGGUUUGAUGGGAAUCUUCAGAAUUGGCUGCAUCUCAUUAUAAUACAAAAUGGUUGCUUCUCAACUGACAUACUGCACUGAGAGCAAGGUGUACUUAUUUUCUGUGUAAUCAAAUCUUUGAGAAUUGUUUGAUUUUCCUGGUGUUUGGUGAUCGAUAAAUUGGCUUAAUAUUUGGGGUUAAUCAUCCUUUGAGAAUGUAGAUGGUGACACUCACUAAUGUACGACAGGAGAGAUCUUAUCACUAAUUGUUUCCAGCCUGCUCAUUUAUUAAUAUUUAGCAAGAAGACAGAAUCUACUUUCAUUUGUGCUUUCUCCCUACAAUAAGCUAUCAGUCUGCCAAACAACAACACAUUAAGACAUCCCAAAGCACUACACUUCACAGGAGCAUAUUCAGGUAAAAACUUAGACAUGUUACCAGAAGCCAGUUCUACGUAAAGAUGAACUUUCCAGCCAGCACAAAAUAAAUAAAAAGGCAUUCACCUUAGAAAUGAGCAAACCACAUUUGUAUGGCAGCACAUUGAGAGAGAUCUUUGUACCUCAUCAGGUAGAGAAUAAGACGCGUGACACAAAGAAAAAAAAGUUACCUGAGCAUUUAUUGAACAUGUUUAAAUGAUUAAUCAAGUAAAUUGAGCUCUCUGUGAGUGCUGUGAACAUAAACAAGCAGUAAUUGCAACAGUACUGCAUUUUUUCCACUUCAAUAUUGACCACUCAGUUAUUUGUCUUUUAUUCAAAGACAAAGGUAGUAUUUAUUUGUAUAUAAUAAUUGCAAUGAAAAUUACAACUCUUGAAAUUAAUGUCAUUAGUGAUGUCACAGCUGAUUUGAACUCAGUUGGAAGCUUUUACACAAUGAAUGGACCUGACCUUGAAUUCAACCCAUAUCUAAUUAUUCACCAUUAUAAACACAUACCACCCAAAAAUAUGUCAAGUUCAGAUGUGGCUCCUGAAUAGCGGGUAGGUUUGUCUGCCCUGGGUGGAUAAUGGAGAGAUUAUAUUCAUUAAUUUAUGUUUUGAGCUGCCACUUGUGUGUGAGAGGAGAUAAUGGGAACUGCAGAUGCUGGAGAAUCCAAAAUAACAAGGGGUGGAGCUGGAUGAACACAGCAGGCCAAGCACAAUCUUAGGAGCACAAAAGCUGACCCUUCAUCAGAAAAAGGUCCUUUUUCUCAAGGCCGGAAACGUCAGCUUUUGUGCUCCUAAGAUGUUGCUUGGCCUGCUGUGUUCAUCCAGCCCCACACUUUGUUAUCUCUGCCACUUGUGUGUCUCUGGUCAGAAUUUGUUAAUCCCAUUAUAUCAACAGAUUUCCCAAUUUUAGAUGUAAGCAAUCUCCCUGUUUUAAUUGUGCAGUAUUUAAACAUUAGGACAAAUGGAACAAAACAAGAAAAGAUGGAAUUAUGUAGAUUUGGGAGCAAAUCUUCAACAUUUCCAUAUGAUUAGGAAGCCAAAUUUAUAGGCUUUUUAAUUUUGAUGUUGAAAAAUCACAAGUUGCGUUGCUCAUUUUAAUAAACAAAAUAGUACAAUAUCUUUGUAAAAAUAUAAAUAUAUGGUGCUAAUCAAUGAAAACUACCAUCUGUCCAAAAGUUAGAUUAUGUAAAUAUAUUCUACACUGGAAUCUCAUUUUAAUUAAUACACUGAGAAGAUGAUAUACUUUUGCAGUUAAUUGGUGCAACACAGUCUUAAAAUGUAAUGGCUGUCUGGAGGUGAUCCAUAGUUAAAAAUGUGUGACAAGGAAAAUAAUCUCUUAAUAUGAUCACAGUGGAUCAAAAUUGCACUAAGUGCCUUCUACAAAUAUUACACGUGAUAUAUACAUACAUGUUAUAUACAGUUGUUAUUGAAUCACAAAACAUUUAUAGUAAUUUAAGGAAUUCACGGUGCUCAACAUGUACCAUUAUAUUGCAGCUUUUGAGACAAUAAAUCAUUUUCUUGAAGAGCUAAUAUUUCAAGAUUAUGCUUUGUCCCACCUGCUUUGUAAUCUGUAAGGUUUUAACAGAAGAUAGUUAAACCUGGUUGAGUAAUAAGUACUGCAAAUGUGAAGAAGCUUUAUGACAGGAUAGCUUUAAGCAGUUUAAAAGAAAUGCAAGCACACAUGUGGAAAUAACUUGUGAGAAGAUUAGGAUUGCAUAUGGUUGAGAACUAAGAACAGUUACAGUGUACUGUUUUUGGGUGAGUUGCUUUUGUCAGUGAUUCAAUUUUCACUUACCCCUGCAUCACUAUUCCCUCUGUUCUUCAAAAUAGUAAAUGUGUCCACUUUUUUGUUGUUAAAUGUGCUACUCUGUAAUUGAAUAUUUUUCCAUCAAAUUUCACGUUCUAUUUCACUUUACAUUGCAGUAGGGUAACAAAUUGCCCUUUCUAUCUGGAUUUGCAGCUAUUUGGGUCAGCUUAUAAUGGAAAGAAGAAUUUGAAGUGGGGAAUUACCCACAAAAAGUGAAUUUUGCCAACUAGACCUGAAUGUAGUUAAUCUGCAAAUCUCUACCAAUAGUGGAAAUAAAAAUGAAGGGAGGGGUAGGGGUGUCUGUCAUGGACUUAAAGUGCCCAACACUACCGUAUAUAAACCUUGACAAAGCACAGUUUAUCAUCCUACAAAACUAUUGCAUCAGAGAAAGUAGGAACUGCAGAUGCUGGAGAAUCUGAGAUAACAAGGUGGAGAGCUGGAUGAACACAACAGGCCUAGACUAGGCCCGAAACAUCAGCUUUCCUGCUCCUCUGAUGCUGCUUGGCCUGCUGUGUCCAUCCAGCUCUGCACCUUGUUAUCUCCAUUGCAUCAAUUGGCUUUUCAAACAACAGAUUGUCAAUUUAGUGAUAGUCAUAACAACAAGAAGAUAAAUUGCUGGACAAGCUCAUCAGGUCUGGCGACAUGUGUGGAGAGAAAUCAGAGUUAAUGUUUCAGGUAAAGUGACCCUUCUGAGUUCUGAGGAAGGGUUAUUUGACCCGAAAUGUUAAUUCUGAUUUCUCUCCACAGAUGGCACCAGACCUGCUGAGCUUUUCCAACAAGACAAGAUCUGUUUUUAUUUCUGAUUUAUAGCAUCUGCAGUUCUUUUGGUUUUUAUUUAGUGAUAUUUACAACUCAAUUUGAAUAUUUAAGCAUUGUGAUCAUAAACAAUAUGAUGUGUCAAAAGUUCAUUUCAUGGCGUCAAUAAUUUAUCCAAAGGCAUACUAGCUGUUCUUAAAAAAAUAAUUGAACUUUCUGCACUGAAUGUAUCUAUUCUUUGUCUUUAAUGUAAAUAUUAAGAGGAUCUAGAGGCCUGUAAAUGCAAUUAUAAUUGAAAUGCUAAGCACGGUACAUCUGCUACAACACAGAGGUGUAGUAUAAUUGCACUGUAGGUAAUAUUUGUUUGAUUUGCAAAGAGAAACAAUGCCUGAAGUCUGUUCAAGCAAACCGGAACUAUCUUCUAGGGUAGUGACCAGUUAUUGUGAUACCAAUACAAGACAAAAAAAAGUGUACUGCAAGUAUACAUUCACAGUUAAACAUAAGUUACUGUUCUAUAUUAUGUUUUCUAUCUUACUUAAACCCCAUCAAGUUGGGUCAGUACAGAAGCUCCACCCUUAGUUUUAAAGGAUCCAAAAAGGUGUGACUUAUAUGCCACAUCUUACAGAAGUAAGGAAAGUCCUGUGUUCAGUUUUGAUGUGUUCACAUGUGUUGGCAUGUUAAAUGGACAAUAUUGAUUUCAUUUGACUUAAACAUUUCAUGAAUGUAAAUAUCACUUCAUAUAUGUGACAGUACAACCAGUGAUUUACUGAAUUUGUUAUUGAGACAUCAAUUCUAAUAUCAACAUUAUUGUUUCAUCUAGCAUUAUUGUUUCAUAAACGAUAAAUUGUAAUCACACAUGAUUGAUGUGAACAAUUGAUUGUGCCACAUUUCCUUUGCUUUAAGAUUUUAAUUUAAAUUUAAAUUUUUGAAGUUCUGUUUACUAAUGAACAAAGAAACGGAGCUUUUUGCUUGUGUCCCUCCAGUGCAAAGCACUUCAAGGAUCUGCUGUAUGAUUUCAUUACAUAGCACGUAAACAGUAUUAAUGUUUGUGAGCUGCUGCUGUUUAAGCACUUUUUGUUUGCAUGUCCAUAACAGCCUAAUUUAUUCAAUAAAAACAAUAUUUUGAACUCCAA